CCGGGGGUGACGUUGCCGUGCCCGGGGAGCGCUCGGCCGCCUCCGGGGUGUAACGGGUGUCAGGGGUGUUUCCCCGGCGAGGAGGCGGCGAGGGAGCGCCCGGUAACCGCACACGGCGUGGGCUGUGCGUGCGGAGCUGGGCAGGGCCCGUCGGUGGUGUAGGAGUGAUGACAAUACAAUGAGCGUGUCACGGCGGUGACAGCGAGAGCUGUAACAGUGAUAACAAGUGUGGAACAGCGGAAGACAUUAGUCUAGAUGCAGUAAAUUGGAAGAAAUGGAAGAAAGGAAGAUCAAGAGGAGGAGCCCCAAAUCAUCUUCCAGUCACUCUGCUCAGGUUGCUAACUCCAAGAAAAGCUCAGUGCCCGUCAGUAAAAGUACAGCCUUUUCCAACCCCGCCCCACAGCCUGCCGUACAAAAACCAAAGUUAAAACGUGUAAUCAAAGAGAAAGCCAAACCUCCAGGAGGUGAAGCCAAAGGGGCACAGGCAGCACCAAUCCAGCAUUCUUUUCUCACAGAUGUAUCAGAUGUUCAGGAAAUGGAAAGGGGACUUCUGAGUCUCUUGAAUGACUUCCACUCUGGCAAACUUCAGGCAUUUGGAAAUGAAUGUUCCAUAGAACAGAUGGAGCACGUGCGGAGUAUGCAGGAGAAACUUGCUCGCCUCAAUCUGGAGCUCUAUGGGGAGAUGGAAGAACUCCCUGAAGAUAAAAGAAAACUAGCCAGUGAUUCCAACCUGGAUAGACUGCUGUCAGAUCUAGAAGAACUAAAUUCAUCUAUCCAAAAGCUACAUUUAGCCGAUGCUCAAGAUAUUCCAAAUGGUACUACAGGCUGAGAGAGAACAUCUUUGUCAGUCUGGAUUCUCCAGCUUUGCUUUUGUUUUUCUGGACAAUGGAAUCAAGAGGAGUUGUGACUUUGUGUUGUUUUUUAAUUUUACACAACAAAGAAUCAAAGUGCAAAUCCAGGUGUUUAUUUUGCACAUUCCUCUGAGCACUGCAUUAUGUUAGGGCUCAGUACCUAGAGUUGUAGUUAAUUGUGAUGCUGUGCUUUUUAUUAUUGCCUUACUUAACAGAAAAACUGGAGAAACUUGGAAAUAUAUUUCUUCUGCUCAGUGUUCAUAUGGUUGCAGGUGGUACAUGUAUAUAAGUUAAUUGGCAUUUCUCCAGUUUUUAUGAAGGUACUGAUAAUAUUGCCUUUCUGAUCAUCAUACAGACAAUCUGCUCACUCUCUCUUUAGUGUUUUGUUGAUUGGUGAUGGCACCAGAUAAUUUAUUGUUAAUAAAGUGAAAAGUUUUAAAUAUAUGAUGUUUCAUUUUCAGAAGCUGCUAUUGGCUUGGCUGUGUUAGGAAGAUGAGUUUUAGCAUUGUCCAAAUGUUUGCAGAGUUUAUGUUUUUCCAUACUAUGAAUAAUUAUAAAAUCUUACCAAAUUAGAAUUAGGGUGCAUGCUAGCAGUCUACAUAAAUUAAGUAUUGUGAAAUUCCAAAAGUGGGUAAAUAGUUAUUGUUCAAUAAAUCCAAGAUAAUCAAUUUUGUAGUUACUCUGAUGUUGUAAAUAGGCUACUAUUAAUUGGUAUCAUCUUUCUGUGCACAGCCAGAGGAAAAAAAAAAACUGUAUUAGUAUAAAAUCAGGCUGGUUUUAGAUCCAAAAUUUGUAUCUUGGUCCAUCCAACCAUGCCUUUGUUUCUAGAUUUAUUUUGUAUUCAGUUUUUAGGUAAUACAUUCAGAUUCCACACUGAUUCCACACUUAAUGAACAAGGAACAGAAUCUUUAUCCUUCUACCUGAGUGCAAAGCUUUCAUCAGCCCAGAGUGGGCAUGUGGCUAGGGAAUAGAAGAUUCCUUUUAUCCAACAUCUUUGGAGAAGAGAUCUACAUCCUUCAGCCACAGGAUGUAGUUUUGGACUGUGCAACAUCAAGCCUGCAGCACACUGGGGACAGAAGUAUCCUUUAACCACCACUGAGUGCUCUGGCUACAGAUUCGGCCUCAAAUUCCCUGCCUCACCUCUCAGGCAAAUCUCGGUGAUUUACAUAUCAGUAGGAUCCCAGUGGCUGUCCCCUCAGGUUGUUCUUGUUCUUUACACAAUUUAUCUCCUUCGUUGCCAAGAUUCUCUAGGAGCUUGCAUUAACGAACCUAGGAGUCCCUGCCUGCAGCUGGGUACGUACAUAUGAUGUUGUUAAGAGAACUACAAUACAACAAACUUCUCACAGAGUGAAGCCAAGGUUGAUGUUUGUUCUCCACACACACACCUCUGACCAAUAAUUGGGCAAUUACCAUUUCUGCACAGCACUUUCUCACAUCAGUGCUAUGCCCUUGUUUCUGGGCAGAUUUCUGAACAAGCUAAGAAGUAGCAUCUUUUAGCCUCGUGCCUCAUACCAGGUGUGGCAAAAGUGACUAGAAGAGCUGCAGUUAAACAAAAUUGUCUUCUUGCAGCUCACUUGGAUGCAGGAGCAGAGCUCUGUGCUCACUAGCAGCCUCCUGCCAGCAAGUGCAGUGUAUCCCAGCAUUGUAACACACUCAUCCCAAACCACUUUUAAUCUCAGAGUUUAGAUAUUCUCUUUUAGAGGCAGCUCUUCUGCAUUUUUGGGUUCUGGCAUCAAACUGCUUAGGCUUACUAUGUCAAACACCUUUCAAAUCACUUACAGACAUGUUGGAUGUCUUGAUCUUAUUUCUGUAGCAAUGUAUGCGAGGACAGAGGGUAUAAUUUGAGACACAGACAUAAGCUAAUACCUUUCUCAAGCAGCUGUUUAGAAUUAUAUAAGAAUUAGCCCCUUUUUCUUCAUUUGCUUUAAGCCUGUGGGCAAUUACAAGUCAAAGAAUGCAUUAAUUAGCAACUAAUGGAGAAAUUAGGAAAUUCUUUUUUCCUUACCUCCUCCUGGAUAAACUUUGUGUCUUUGACACAGUCCAUUAAUGGUUGGUGCUUAUUAACUUGGAUUUAUACAAGAAAAUUUUGUAGCAAGACUUUUGAGAUAGUGAACUCUUUUAUGUGGUAAUGAGCUAAUCACAUUUCUGGGCUCCUGCAGGAAAAGGAAAAAAAAAAACCUACUGUAACAUUUGUGGAAAGUCUUUUGUAAUUAGAAAAGUAUGUAAGCGGCUGCAGAAAAUGAGCUCAUUUUCUAUUAUGUUGUUUCUUGAAGAGUUGUUUAUGGAGAUAAAAGUGUAUUAACAUUAAAUGUUUAAUAUAUUUACCAGUGUGAGUUUAGGCCAGUGCUGUGGUUCAAAAACACACUGAUAAAUGGGUUUGGUGUUUGGAAGAAGGUUCUCUUUGCUGCAUCUCUGUGGGCACAAGUUACAUUCUCCUCUAUACUUCCAGUUGAAGGCAACAACACUAAGAAACAGAGGGGCAAGUCUAUUAGUGCAUGGCUGGUGUCACUGCCAAAAUUUUGGAGUUUUUAACAAUGCUAUUGCCUAUGCAGCACCAGGCCUGCUGGCAUCAGAUGGGAUUCAUCCUUCUUGGUGAGGGAGGAGAGUCUUUGCUCAGGAAGCAGUAGGGCUCACUGGCAGAGCUUUACAAUAGAUGUGGAGGGAGACUGCGACAGUACCAGGCUUGCUGCUGGCAAGGCGUGGGAUGAGAUGCAGAGGUCAGAGGGACAGGGUGGUGGCAAAGGUCCUCUGCUGCUCUCAACUGUGCUGGUCCCACUGGAGCAUACCUGCACUCCCAGGGACUUGUCUGGUAGCAGAAGCCAACAGGAAAACACCAAGGAGGAAACAUGUCAAAGAAAUUAAGGAGUACUCCUUUGGGAAAGCUUGAUUCUGCAGUGAGACCAGACAUUGCAGAUUUCUGAAUCAGCACUGAACUUUGCUGAAAUAAAGCUUUACAAAGAGACUUGUAGCACAUAUCCACAAGACCUGUACAUCUCUCUCUCCUAAGUAAAAAAAAAAAAAAAAAAAAAAAAAAGGAAA